AUGGAAACAUGCGUUUUAAUUCCGGCUGAAUUUAGUCUGGUCCUCGUUGCAUCCCUAAACAGAAGAGUCAGCCAUAUCUGCGAGAUGGGAGUUUGUGUUUGGAGCAACCAGAAAAUCCCUCGAGGAAGAAGGUUCUUACCGUUUCAAGGCACUCUGAGACUGGACAAACUAGAGGUCUAUAGUUAUUUGGAUGACAGUGAUGUACGGCAUCAGUUUGGCUGUUAUGAUGACGUUCAAGAGAUCGACACCCGCCGCGUGCGUCACUGUAACUGGGUGCGAUUCCUGCGGGUGUCUCCGACUUUCUGCCCCGAGGUCAAUCUAAUUGGCUCGUUAGUCAAGGGUGAGCCCAUCUAUGAGGUUGUCAGCAAUAUCGCACCAAACGCAGAGCUGGUGGUUUACUACGAAACGUUCGGUGAAGACUUUGGAAGAAAUUCAUUCUCUCUUCUGGCUGUUCGCCAUCUAACCGCAGCCCACUAUCGACAAGCCAUCGGAUUGGUCUUAGAAGAGUCUCCACUUGACCUCUCGAGAUCUUUAUUAUCUUCAAGAGUGCCAAUUAUAUCCAACAGGAACACUGAUCCUAGAACAGUGGUCGCUAAAUACUUACAGACAGAGAGUCGUCGCUCACUAUCAAGUGACUGUCUUUUUACAAGUAAUAAGUCCACAGGGGCUGAGGUGCACCAGAUUCCCGUGAAGAAAUCUCGCGAGCGAACCCUACUUCCAUGUGACGUGUGUGGUAAGGCCUUCGACCGUCCGUCCCUACUCAGGCGACACAUGCGUACCCAUACAGGAGAGAAACCACAUGUUUGCGAUGUAUGCGGGAAGGGGUUCAGUACGUCAAGUUCCCUUAACACCCACCGGAGAAUCCAUUCCGGCGAGAAACCUCACCAGUGCCAUAUCUGUGGAAAACGGUUUACAGCCAGCUCCAACCUCUAUUACCACAGGAUGACCCACAGCAAGGAAAAACCACACAAAUGUUCCUUAUGUGCCAAAUCUUUUCCCACGCCAGGAGAUUUGAAGAGUCACAUGUACGUCCAUAACGGUUCGUGGCCUUUCAAAUGUCACAUCUGUAGUCGUGGGUUUAGCAAACAAACCAACUUAAAGAACCACCUCUUCCUACAUACGGGUAAGUAA